AUGAGCCUUGAUCCAGUAUUACAUCGAUUUGUCGAUGCCUCAUCAAUUGGCGUUAUGCACUUGCAGCCUUAUGGAAACCAGCAUGUACAGCCGACACCUCGGCCACUACCACCUAAAGUCGAGACAAUGAAGUUCUGGGAUAAGAUUUUCCCUUCAGCUAUGAAAUUCCUAAGAGCUUGUGAAGAGCCGUACGAUCACAGGAAAUCUGAAUUUGAAAUCCGAACCUCUCAAACGUGGGCAGAAAUCUGUCGUCGUCUGGGAAAUGCAAGAGAAAUCUAUGAGCAUCGAGUCGCAGCAAACAAGGCUGAAAAGUUGAUCAACAAGGCAAGAAUAGGAUUGAGAACAGGCAUGGACAAAGGUGCUGGUCCGCUUAAGCAGGCAGCUCAAUUUGUUCCAGAUAUAGACAUUGCCAGUCCGAUUAUUGGGGCAGUCAAAGUGCUUUUCGGUGCAUACCAAAAUGCAAUGAAAGUCCGUGAAGUAAUCAAUGAUGGUUUCGACGAUCUUUCCACUGGCAUAGCGUUUAUCGACAUCGACUUUUACGUCACCCAAUUUCCAAAUGACCCAAACAUUAUCAAGGCAUCUGAGGAUUUAGUCCUUGCCAUAUUCAAGGCCGUUGAGCACGCAAUUGGAUUUUAUAUAGGACAUCAGAUUAAGAGAGCUAUGUCGGCCGUAUUUGGAGGUGACAGUUAUCAAGAACGUUUGAAAAAUAGUCUCAGUGAUAUAAAAAGUUGUAGCCGAUUGCUCAAAUGCGAAGGAGAGAAAUCCGAGUUCCAUUAUAACAGCGAAUCUCGCCGACAAGACAGACAAGAAUCGGCGACAAUGUCAUAUCAAUUAAAUGCGACAAACCAGUUCCUUUAUUUGUUGUUCGAAAGUGAAAGACGGCAUUAUCAAUCACUCGCCGAACAAAUAUACACUAUCUCGAGAGCACCAAGCCCACAACCUGUGAUUCAAGCUAUAUAUACCCCCAAACAUAUCUGGAAAAUGCUUCGCAUUCCCAAACUAGACGAUGUUGAUAUAUCGCAUAAUAUGAGUCGAGCAGCAAGCUUUCUACCUGAGGACAAUGGUCGCGCAGAGCAGCUUGUCGGUACGACACAAUUUCAAACAUGGAUUUUAGAUCACAGAAUGAACAAGUUACUAGUCCACGGUGACUUUGGCAUUAAUAAACCCGAAUCACCAUUCUCGGUGCUCUGCGCCAAGCUUAUGCAAGCGUUGCGUUCUCAGUCUGGUUUUAUCAGUCUUGUGUUCUUCUGUGGAUGCCAUCGAGCACCACGUGAUCACCACUCAGGGCCACUGAAUAUGAUUCGAAGUCUUGUUGCGCAGGUUCUAGAACAAUUUACGCAGAUUCCUGAUACGCUCGUGAAUGAUGUGAAUCUUGCCAGCGUGGACGCUGGAGAAAUCCAACAUUUGUGUACACUAUUCGUGUGUCUUGUCAGACAGCUUCCUGCGACGACCACAAUCGUCUGUAUGAUUGACGGCAUACAAUUCUAUGAGCAAGAUCAGUAUGAGAAUGAUAUGGAGGUGGUGCUAGUUUGUCUACUUAGUUUAGCUGACAAUGAGGACCCGAGCAUAAGCGUCAGGUUCAAAAUACUCUUAACAAGUCCUAGGCCAACAACACGAGUGCGAAGGCGUUUUCAGAUCGGUAUUUCAUUGUUAAAUAUGGCCUCUGUCACGUCUAAUGAGCAAGGUCCAAGUCAGGCACGGCUUGAGCGUCAACUGGCGAGUUCCGGUUUUUCAAGAUAA